AUGUGCCCUUCGGUACGAUCACACCCGAGCCCAUCGCUGCAGCCGCCCCAUCCAUUAGUCAGCUCCUCUCCGCUUCCCCCGCUUCCGACGUUUUCCCCGCAACCGCACAUCACGCCCCCCACUCCGCCUCAGCCCCCGCGCCCAUACUGCUUCGCGCAGACGCCGUCCCCGGCCCUGCGCCUUGGCUCGCCCGCCCACCCGUUCCUCCUCCAGAGCGCCCUUCAUUUCCAAAGCGCGCUGCUCCCGCAGAACGCGCUACUCUCGCGCUUCUCCCCCGCGCCCCCGCCGCCCGCCAGCCCGCAGCCGCUCCACGCGCAGUUAGGCUCGACUCAGCGGUCGCCGCAGCUGUCCCACUCCGCGCUCGGCUCUGCGCAACAAUCGCCGCAGCUCUUCUGCGCUGCUUCCGCAUCGGCUCCGCAAUCACCGCAGCCGUUUCUCGUGGCGGGGCGCGUCCAGCAGGCCCUUCAGGAGAUGAUUGACGGUGACAGCCCAGCCGUCACUCCGCAACUUGCGCCGCAGGGUGCGCCGACCGCAGGCCUUGCGGGGGCCAUGACUCCGGUGCUGCUGCCCGCUUCCGCCAUCGGCGGAAACACAGGCGCAGCUGCUGGCGGACGGUUGGGCGUAAGGAGGAGCCCGAAAAAGCCGCGGGGGGAGGAGCAGGCGGAGGCGCAAGGGCAGCGGAAGCGCAAGGCGAAGGCGCCGGGAAGCCAGCCACCGCCUCCCCCAACAGCGGCGGAUGGCUCCCCCGUGCCCGCGUACCGCGGGGUGCGCUAUCGGCCGUGGGGGAGAUGGGCGGCGGAAAUCCGGGAUGCUGGGGGAAAGGGGCGCGUGUGGCUGGGAACGUUUGACUCUCCGGAAGCGGCGGCGCGCGCGUACGACGCGGCUGCGCGGGAGAUUCGAGGCGCCAAAGCGCUGCUGAAUUUUCCUGAUGACGUGGACGAACCGAAACCGGACACGUGUCAGGCCGCGGAGGCUGGGGAAGCGGAGGCGGGAGCGGAGGCGGAAGGAGAGGCGGGAGGCGAGAUGGAAGGGGAGGCGGAGGAUGAGUCGAUAGCGGAGAGGGAGGAGGAGGAGAAGGCUGGGAGCGGCGGAGAGGAGGGUGACAGCGAGGGGGAGGCGGAAGGAGCGAGGGCGCUGAAGCGACUGAAGAGGAGCCAGGAAGCAGCGGAGCAAGAGGCAGCGCAGCACACAGCGCAGCGCUCAACGCAACCCACAGCACAGCCCAAAGCUCAAGGCAGACCGCACGAGCUUAAUGGCGGGCGAGCCGCUGUCGACUUGCUGUGCUGCGAGCCGCCGCUUGUGCCGGCGGAACCACGCGCUGCGACGUUAGCACUGCCGGCUACGCCAGCUGAUUCAGCUGUAGCGGCCGCAACUGACGGUUCAGAUGCCGUUAAAGCUGCUACAUCAACGGCCACGAUUGGAAAUCAUACGGUUACAGCUAUACGCGCGGAGGAGCGGGUCCCAGGGAUCGCAGCUCUGCCCACCACCCCUGCUGCUGCUACAGCUGGCGCUACAGCCGCAGGGGUUGUGGCCAGUGUGGUGCCGGCAGCAGGAGCAUCACUGCCAGCAGGAGCAGGAGCAGGAGCAUGA